CCGUAACUCACAAUGUCCGGCAACUUCGACACCAACCCACCACAACCCCCAAACCUCGACCCCGACGCCAUUGAACUCGUCCAACGCAACCAACAACAUGCGUCUUUCGCCGGGCACGAAUCCGACCCCGAAACCCUGCGAGCAGCCGGUGGCACUCCUCCUCCAGAGGGCAUCGACCCGGCCACCAUCGCCUUGGUAGAAGACGUCCCUCCAGAUGGUGGGUACGGAUGGGUGAUUGUGGCGGCAGUGUUUCUCAUCAACGUCAACACCUGGGGCAUCAACAGCGCCUGGGGAAUCUUCAUGGAGCAGUAUAUCCGCGAGAACACCUUUCCGGAAGCCAGCCAUUUCGAGUACGCCCUCGUCGGAGGUUUGUCCGUCUCGCUGGCCCUGAUCUUGGGACCGAUUAUUAGUGCUAUCCAGAAAACGUUGGGCACCAGGUAUACGAUGGUGCUGGGGUCGUUGAUGAUUUUUGGUGGUCUUUUCUCUGCGUCGGCGGCCAGUCGGGUAUGGCAUCUUUUCAUGAGCGUGGGGCUUUGUAUGGGAUUUGGGUUUGGGCUGCUUUAUAUCCCGGCAAUGGGACUCCUCCCCCCAUGGUUCUCACGCCACCGAAGCCUGGCUCUCGGCCUUGCAACGGCGGGAGCAGGCGGUGGCAUCGCAUGGAACCUCAUCACUGGCAAACUCCUUUCCGUUUCGGGACUGAAAUGGACCUGGCGGAUUCUUGCCCUUGUCUCCAUUGCUUUUAACAUUCUUUGCGCCUUUCUCUGCCGCGAGCGGCCUAUUAGCUCUUCCACGGGGUCGUUGAAACGCCGAUCCUUCAACAUCCGUGAUUUUGGCCGGACCCAGGUCCUUCUUAUUCUUCUGUGGGGUUUCAUAACCGAAUUCGGCUACGUCUCCCUCUGGUACUCUCUCCCGAGCUAUGCAACCAGUAUCGGUCUCACUCCAUCCCAAGGAUCCGUGGUAAAUGCCAUGUUGAGUUUGGGAGUAGGCGUUGGGCGCCCGCUUGUUGGCGCCCUCAGCGACCGCUUCGGCCGCAUCAACCUCGCCCUCUUCUGCUGCUCUUCAUGCGCCAUCCUCUGCCUAACCCUCUGGAUUCUCGCCCGCUCGUACGCCGGCUUGAUCAUCUUUGCCUUGGCCGCAGGCGCUGGAGGUGGUUGUUUCUGGUCUACAGUGAAUCCUAUCCUGGCGGAAACCGUCAGUCUCGCCGAAAGUAGUGCCAUUUUUGGCACUAUCUGCUUCGCCUUGGUAAUUCCUACCACCUUUGGCGAAGCCAUUGCGCUGCAGCUGGUCAAGGGUGGAGACGGCAUAAACAAGUUCAUUCCGAGCCAGAUCUUUGUCGGUUGUACGUUCCUAGGGGGUACCGCUUUACUCAUGCUCCUUCGAAGCUGGCAGAUUUGCGAAAUUGAGAGGAAAAGUGAGGGCAUGGGGAGUGGUCAACAUGAGCAGGGCCAUAAGAGGUCUGGAGAAGAAAGCCGAACGGAGGAGGAUUUGGAGCAAGGGGUUAUGGCUUCGGGAAGAAGCGCUGGGGUGGCGGUGUUGGGCGAGUUGAGGAGCUCGGCUGCUGGAAUGUGGUCUCCGAGAAAACUAUUUGUUGCCAGGAGGGUGUAG